AUGUCAGCCCCAGUGACACCUCAGGAACAUGUGUCCUCUCCUCAGAUUACUGAAGGUUGGAAAAUCGAGCCAGAUCCUACUGAAGCUGUCAAGAUAUUCAAACAAGACAUCUUACAGAAAUCAUCUGAUGUGCAGUAUACAUCACAGAUCAUCUUGGGCAAGAUAAACUGGCCAUUGCAGGAUGAAGAUGGCGACAGCGAUGUCUCUUUGGAAGAUGCAUGUAGGAUCACUGGAUAUCUUCGCACAUUCAUUGAGAACGCAUCUUCAAACCUGCUAGGAGAACUAUUGCAGUUUUGGGUGGGAUGGAACGUGCUUCCCAGAUACUUAGACGUUGAAGUGGUGGAGGGCACCUUCCCAAAGUCCUCAACGUGCUUUCACCUUCUCAAACUCCCAAGACAUUACAAAGAGUACAGUGUCUUUGAAAGAGACCUGCUGGCUGCUAUUGAGAGUGUCGAUACAGGUUUUGGAUUGGUCUAA